CAGAAUUAUGGUUGCGUGACCUCCGUGAUUCAUUCCAGACGUUAUUAAACGUUUCUUUCUAUAUUCGCUUGUUAUUCUUUCGUGGAAGUUUUGUUGUGUCUGAAACCAGAAGUUCGUGUCAAUAAAAUACGUAAUAUUAUAUGUUUUAGCGUUUUUAAAAGGCUAAUAAUAUUAAUAUAAUAAAAAAACCGAAUUACAACAUACAGGUCAGGACCCUGACAAAUCGCGUUUAUACAUAAGUACAUAUAUAUGAUUUUUCAGACAGUAUUGUUAAGUAAAGAAGAAAAAAACGUGGAAUAACGUCGAGGUGUUCUUAUGAAGAGUGACGACAUCAGCAGGAAUCAAUGCUGCGACAUAAAUUGGCUGUCAAAGCAACUUAUUUAUAACAAGAAAAGAAUUUGUUAGCAACGAUAGUUUGCGCUUCUUCCGCCAUUUUAAAAAUGAGUUCUUUUGACGAAAAAACUAGUGGUGGGGUUGCAGUUCUAUCUCCAACAGAAAUCGGAAGCAAAAGAAAAAAGAAGUUCACAGGAGGAAACGCUUCGAAACGACAUCGCGAUCGUGUAAAUAUCGAAUUCAACAACUUAGCAAAACUUCUGCCGUUUCCAGAAAGCGUGAUCAUAAAAUUAGACAAAAGUUCUAUUCUAAGACUGGCAGUAAGCUAUAUUAGAGCGAAAAGUUUUUUUAAAGAUACGAAACAUGUUUUUGAACACGGCGGUAAUACUGCAACAAGACCCCCCGAGGAGAAAAAUGUGCCAGACUUUCAAUCAAAAAGUAUACAGGAAGGAACGGGGGUUGUAUCUGAAAUGUUUUCUCAUGCAUUGGAUGGGUUUUUGUUGGUGUUAACUGAAGAUAUGAAAGUUUUAUUCGUAUCGGAGUCUGUGCGCGAUUAUCUUGGCUAUUGUCAGGCUGGUAUAAUUCAUGAGAAUUUUCUUCAAUUCGUGAAUCCAUCUGAUCACGGUGUCGUCCAGUCAAGUAUGAUGUAUAGAAACAGCGAAGUUGACACACUAAAUGAGACGGCUCACGAGAAGGUUUCUUACACAAAUAACACCAGUUCCUACUCUCCAGCAGCACGCGACUUCGAAAAUAGAGGUCCUAACCAUGGAGUAGCUCGUCGUCAUUUUAUCUGUCGUAUGAAAUGUGCGUUUAGCUGCAGCAGUCGAUUCUAUACAGCGUACCGGACAUUUCAGUUCACCGGUCAUCUGCGCCGGUCAACUAUACAAGAAGGGCGCGAACAAAAACAUUUAAACACACUUGUAGUGUUUGCAACACCAGCUAGCAGUGGUACAAACUCUUCUAUUGACUUUAUUCCUGAUAUGGAAGACCGACCUGGUGCUACAUUCAAUCCAAGAACGACAGUGGAACACUCCGAUUUUUCUUAUGAACGUUUUUCAAGUGGCUUUCGAAUCGAACCAACACUACGACCACACAUCGCACCUAUUCCAGUUUCGAAUUCUGAAACAACAGAAAGGCGUUCACCGCAAAACACGCACGUGGUGAAAAGACAAGCACCUCCCCUUAUACAUGCCGAUGCGCUCGGCAGAGAAUCCUUUUACAUGUCAAAUACCUAUUCACCUUUCAUUUCUAAAUUAUACCCUGGACCGAGUUCAAACGAAUCAAGGUACAGUGACUUAAGUGAUGAUAGCAAGUGCUCGCCAGCCUCGAGCCCAAACCUCAUCUGGAAGCACCGCACUUCAAGCCCACAAAUGAUAAAACGCAGAACAGAUCUGAUAGAUGUGUCAGACGAACAUAUAUACAGGCGUAAGAAAAUGUUGGAGGCAGAGUAUCACUUGCAACGCUCCACUCCUAAAUAUGAGAGAGAGAGAUUAUAUAGCAGAGGAAGAGAAAGUUUUGACGAGUACAUUAACCCUGUGCAUACGCGAAGAAGAUCAUCAUCAGCUUUGAAUAUGUACGUACGAGACACGCCUUCAAGAGGGUCGGCACCUAAUGUUGAUGUAUUUGUAGGAGCAAGUAUGUUAAUGAACCUUAGAAAACAUGAUAUAAACCCACAUUAUUCGUACAGAACAGAGCACUCGGAGCGAGACUAUAGUAGGAAACGUAUUUUGGAAGAACCAACCGAAUAUCGUUCUCGAUCUCCCAAACGUAUAAAAAGCCCUGGCAGGUCUGGUUUUGAUAUUACCUCCUUACUGGGAUUGGAGGAUAAAGUAUCCCAGCGAGACACACAUGAAAUGUGGAAAGAAGAAAACAUCGAGGCAUAUAAUGCUGAGAAUGGACAAAGGAAGGCAAGAAUUGUAUAUAAAGACAUUUUUUACAAAAUGUCGAAAAAUCUUGAUAAUACGUUUAUACACACCAUGUCUCCAGCAGGAAAAAAUUGGUGAAGACAUUAUUUUUGCCUUUUGACGACCAAAAACGUUUUUUAAAAACAUACAUGUAGAUUUUGUAGAAUAUUUAUUUCAAAGUAAGAUUUAGAAUAAUUAUUUUGUUCCAAUAUUGUAUUAUUAACUAACUAUAUAGGAUCUUAGAGAUCAUAUUUUAACGAAUGAUUCUUCAGUCUUGUUGUAGCUAUUAAACCACGCGUUUCGAAAAAUUGAUUUUAACAAAUGCGUGUAGCAAUUUUUUUUUUCAUCUCUAAAACAAAAUCUACAGACUUAAUUAAAAAACAAUCUAAGCACUUGCUAUGUUUAUAUAAAAAAGCUAUAACGAGAUUGAGAAAUCCUUUUCUUUUUGUUCUUAACAAAUGUUUUAGUUUUAAAUAUUUUGAUUUUUUGAUGUUGGCCCUCACUGAUUGAAUCGAGAAUUCAUGCGAACACUAGCUGA